CGAAGAAGUAUCGCAACCGAUUUCAAAAAAUUCACAUUCAGACCACGUCAUUUCCUAUUCGAUUCAUUCGUUAUUUAACUGUAUUUAUUUAUUUAAAAAUUGAUUUAUAUUUGGAAUGUUAGUUUUUUCCGGAAAGUUAUCCUGGACUGUUUAAGCUUUAUAAAUAUUGUGAACAUAAUUUUUGUAGUAAGUGUAAAACAAAAUUUGAACUUGAAAAAUAUCGAAAAAGAGCAAAACCAAUUUACGUUGUUUUUUGGCCAUUCGAAUUUGUGGGUUUUUAACACAAAGCUGGCUGUAGUGACGAUUUCUUUAAAAUAAAAGAUAUCAUUAAUUUUCAAAAACCAUGUCGAAUUGUCGUGUACUGUGCGUGCUGACUGUUGUAAUUGCUUUGCUGGGCAUAGGCACAUCAGUCUAUGGGGGACCCGCCAGAUCAAUGGCUGCUCGGACAAUGGCAAAGAUCCCACGUGCUAUUCGUGCACCUUAUCGAAAUAAUGAAAUAAUGACCGCUCGCGGUUUCGGAAAACGGAGCCAAAUGACUAAGAUUAAUGACGACAUUCCAUGGUCAAUGGAUAAAUUUGACGCUCAAGAUAGUUCAAGUGACAAUGAUGAUUCCAUACCAAAACUAUUAAAUUCACAAUUUGAAGAAAGUUAUCCAAUUGAGUUGAUUGUUCAAGAAACGUUGGGAAAUCCCGCUUUUCUGCGUUCAAUUCUGAACCGUUACGUCGACACGAAUCAUGAUGGGCAAAUUUCGUUACGAGAAUACAUCGAUGUUGCAUCACCUGUUGCUAAUGGUUUAAUUUAAAUUAUAUACUUUACAAAAAUUUUGAUUUUUUUUAUUCGGAUAAUUUAAGCGCCAAAUAGAUCAAAAAUUUAUUUUGAUGGACACAAAAAUUUUGAAUAAAAGAUGUAACAUAUCAAGUUUCUGUAGAGUUUGGGAUAUCUUCAAUGCAAAAUUUCUCAUAUGUUUAACUGUUAUGCAAACCGAAAAAGCCACUGAAAAAAAUCAAA